CUACUACUGAUGGUAAUACGUAAGCAAGGCGGAAGAUGUCGUAAAUGUAGAAAAUAGUGUCCUUCAUGUGCGCGCGCGAUUGAAGCGAUGCCUACGUUGGGGAGACUAGAUUUCUGUGUUGUCUGUCUAGUCUUUCUUCGGUAAUUUUUAGAAAGAAUGUAUUAAUUUAUAUAAAGUGUAAAAUAAUUUUAAGUAAAAAAUGGAGGUGCUCGAAUUAAAAGAUGUAAGAGCUGUACCUGACAUCAUUCAUGUUUACUCUGAGAAAGUCAAGACUGAAGCUACUCCACUUGUCAUUGAUAAUGGGUCUUACAAUUGCAGAGUUGGCUGGGCUACCGAAAAAGAACCACAGUUAGUAUUCAAAAAUUUAAUUGCAAAGCCACGUAAGGAGAGAGGAAAAAAAGAUGGGGAUAUUCAAGUUGGAAACGAUAUUGCAAAUAUUGAAGCAAUGAGGUUUCAGCUAAAAACACAAUUUGAUAGAAAUGUAGUGACUCACUUUGAAGCCCAAGAACAAAUAUUUGAUUAUACAUUUACUCACAUGGGAAUCGAUACUGAGGGAUGCGUUAAUCACCCUGUAAUUUUAACAGAAACUUUUAUGAAUCCAAAUUAUUCUAGAAACUUGAUGGCAGAGUUAUUGUUUGAGUGCUACAACAUACCAUCUAUGGCUUAUGGAGUGGAUUGCUUGUUUUCGUAUCAGCACAAUAAUUGUUCAUCAGAUGGAUUGAUUGUCAGUAUAGGAUAUCAAGCAACUCAUAUUAUACCCAUUCUUGAUGGCAAAGCUGAUGUAAUCAAUGCAAAAAGAAUAAAUCUUGGUGGCUUUCAUAUAACUUCAUAUAUGCAUAGAUUAUUGCAGCUGAAAUAUCCUGUGCAUGUAAAUGCUAUCACACCAAGCCGUGCUGAGGAAUUAAUUCAGGAUCACUCAAUGAUUGCUUUGCAAUAUCGAGAAGAGAUAAUGAAAUGGGCAGAUCCAGAGUAUUACGAUCACAAUGUUCUUCGAGUACAACUACCAUAUGUAGCACCAACAACAACUCCAGGUCUCACAGUAGAGCAACAAAAAGAAAGAAAGCGUGAACUAGCAAGGAGGUUGAUGGAGAUUAAUGCUCGAAAAAGAGAAGAAAGGUUAGCAGAAGAUGAAGAGCAAUUGAAUCAAUUGCUAGCUGUUCAAGACCUUCUUGAAGAAGGCGAUACUGAAGAAUUCGAACAAGCUUUGGAGUCAUAUUCACUUGCCAAUGAAGCUGAAUUGAUAAAAAUGAUUAAUAAUUUGCAGGCCAAGGUCGAAAGAACUAGACAAAAAAUAGUUGCUGCCAAUUCACAGGAAGAAAACAUUGUGAUAGAGGAACCAAAACCAAAAAUCAAAACAAGCUUACAACCAAAGGAUCAACAAGAUUUUGACGAAUGGAUUACCGGUGUAAGAAGGAAGAGGCAAGAAAUUUUGGAAAAACGCAUGGCGAAAAGACAACGUCGUCAAGAUAUGGCGAAACGCAGGACAGCAGCUGCCCAGGAAAGAAUGAGAAUAAUUAGUCAGCUUGCAAGAAAGGAAAAAAGAGAUGACGAUUUCGGCAUGAGAGAUGAAGACUGGGACGUUUAUAAAGUUAUAAAUAGAGAAGGAGGAGAUUCAGAUUCAGAACUGGAGCAAGAGAAACUUCUAGAACUUGAAGAUGUGCUUCGACAUCAUGACCCUGAGUUUGAAGGUGCUGGCACUUCAAACGCACAAAUGAUUCCAGGAGAGACACACCAAUUGCAUGUCGGUGUUGAACGCCUGAGAGCUCCAGAGUUAAUUUUCCAGCCUUCCAUGAUCGGUCUGGUAGAAGCUGGAAUAGCUGAAACUAUCGAAUAUAUACUGAAAAGAUACACUCCAGAACAGCAAGAUCGCAUGGUCGGUAACGUGUUCCUAACCGGCGGCUCAGCUGCUUUUCCAGGUUUGCGAGAAAGACUACACAGGGAGCUUCAAGAGAUAAGGCCCUUCCAGUCAAAAUUCCAAGUGAACAUAGCAAAAAAUACGCGAUUGGAUGCGUGGUAUGGUGCAAGGGAUUUCGGUCUUAGCGGAAGUUUGCCGGAAUAUUUAGUUAGCCGUAAGGACUAUGAGGAAAAGGGAGGGGAGUAUUUGAAGGUACACUCGGCGAGUAACAUUUACACUCCGUCUCCGGAUCCUUUGCCCACGAUGCAACUGCCGAUACCACCCGAGCAAGCCGUCGUCGAAGAUGCAGCUGUGGAUAUAGAAAUAGAGUAGAGAUUUACAAUUGACGACGUUUGUACAGUAACAAUAAGUUCUUAAGAUCCAUUUCUAAUAAAAAUACGGAUUUUUUAAUCUA